GACUCGGAGGCAGGCUGGGGCCCUUGGAAGGUUCUUAAACUUUGAUUGCUUUAGCUUUAAGUUUCCCCGCUGGUUUAGGGAAAGCGACCCGCAGCCUCAAGGAGAGGAGACAAGCUUCUGGCUCCGGACGCACGGAUAGGCCCGGGGAACCCGUAGUCUAAAACAGGAAACUGCCCGAACCCGGACGAGCCUCCUCCGAGCGAUAGUCAGGAAACGCUUCCCGCGGUGGGAAACAAGGGUCCUGCCUUCCGAGAGCCCCUCUAAAGAUGACUCAAGACCAGCCUUUGCUCGCGGUGCAGGAGGCCCUGAGGAAGUGCUUUCCCGUGGUGGAGGAGCAGCAGGGCCUGUGGCAGAGCGCUCUCAGGGACUGCCCGCCCCUCCUGGCAUCCCUCAGCAACCUGGCAGAGCAGCUGCAGGCCGCACAGAACCUGCGAUUUGAGGAUGUGCCGUCACUUCGGGCCUUCCCAGACUUACAGGAGCGGCUGAGGCGCAAGCAGCUGGCGGCUGGUGACACCCUCCUGGACAGGCUAGAGGAGAGGCUAGCCGCCCUCCUCAAGGUGCGCGAUGUAGUCAGCAGCCACGUGGAACACGUGCUUCAGAUCUAUGAGCAGCAUGCAGACAUGAUCAGCCUCGAUGCUGUCCUGCAGGCUUCAGCUGCAAGCCCCUCUGUGGCUGAAAUGUUGGAGUGGUUACAGGAUAUCGAGAGACAUUAUCGAGGUUUGUACCUGAAGAGGAAGUACCUUCUGUCCUCAAUCCAGUGGGGAGACUUGGGAAACAUCCAAGCUUUGCCCAAAGCCUGGGACCGAAUUUCGGAAGACGAACACCCAGACCUUGUACGAGAUAUCCUGUUGAAUGUUUCCUUCUUCCUGGAAGAGUGAAGAAGCCGUGUGUUUAUCGGGAGACUAGGGGGACGCAGUUGAAGACCGACCUUACUGCGCUCUGAUAUUUCUAAAGAAAUGUCAGCAUUGCAACUGGACUUAUUGGAAAUGUCAGUGCCUAGAGCCUGAGGAUUGUACUGGAUGUUGGGUCUUCUUCAUGCCAGGUCCUGGGUGAGGGCACAUGGUCACACCUUGCCCUUUCCUAAGGCUCAGGGGAGUGGACAGAGACAGAGAGGAUGCAGGAAAGGCCGUGCAGAAGAACACUGGGGGCAGAAGCAACAGCCACAGAAGUGGUAAGGAAGGAAAGCACAGGGGUAGAGAGUGCCGCUGCCCCCAGCAUCAUCCAGAGCUCUGAGCCUCGUUGACACCAGGUCCUGGUUUCGUGUAUUUGUGUCAGUAUCCAACUCCUUGAUGAAAAAAGGUGGCUUUGAUGAUUUAAAGAAGGAAGGGGUGGGACUUCCCUGGUGGUCCAGCGCUUAAGAAUCCUCCUUCCAAUGCAGGGAACACAGGUUUGAACCCUGGUCAGGGAACUAAGAUCCCACAUGCCGAGGGGCAACUAAGCCUGCGUGCUGCAACGAAAGAUCCCAUGUGCCGCAACUAAGACCUGACACAGCCAAAUAAAUAAAUAGAUAUUUUAGAAAAAUAAAGAAGUAGAGGUGAUAUUGGUGGAAAACAGUUACUGUUUUCGAAUUGCAGUAGCUCCUUAUCAUCAAAACAAUUUUAGUUUCCAGAGCCUACCACCAGGGGGAGGUGGAGCAUCAUGAAUUAUUCUGAAUGCUUUGUGUUUGGAGGGGUUCUCUUGCUCUUACUAUCUGAGAGUAAGUAACUGGGGAUAGUGGGACUCCUCAAAUAACAGUUUUUUGUUUUUUGUUUUUUUUAAACCAAAGCUGGUGACUGACUUGCUACAGUUCUCUGAUCUUGGGGUGGCUGCGUAGAUGGGAGAACACCAGCUCACAGUCAGGUGUUCAGGGUUGGGUUUCUGAGGCCCAGUGCCUUCAUCAGUGAAAUGGUCGUGGUACUUCCCGACCUGUCAACUUCCUGGGCUGGUGUAAAAAUCUGGGUCAUUGGAUGUAAAGAGGCUUAAUAAAGAAUAUAGAUAUUUUUCAAAAUGAAAACGACUUUUUUCGUAUUACAAAAGUGUUAUAUGCUUUUUAAAAAACAGUAGAGGGCUUCCCUGGUGGCGCAGUGGUUGAGAGUCCGCCUGCCGAUGCAGGGGACGUGGGUUCGUGUCCCGGUCCGGGAAGAUCCCACAUGCCGCGGAGCGGCUGGGCCCGUGAGCCAUGGCCGCUGAGCCUGCGCGUCCGGAGCCUGUGCUCUGCAACAGGAGAGGCCACAACAGUGAGAGGCCCGCGUACGGCAAAAAAAAAAAAAAAAAAAACAGAAAAAUUGUAGAAAACAUUUAAAAUGCAGAAAAGUAUAAAACAAGCUCCACCAGAGAUAUUUUGUUAAGUAUCUUUUUAGUGUCCGUAUUCACAAGUUUUUUUAACAAAACAAUUAGGGUGUUAUUGAUAAAUAUUGUUGUUUAAAUUAUCCUUUAAAAAAAUCUUAAUAUAGUUUGGCCAGUUUUUCAUAUCUGUGAAUAUAGCUCAACACAAUUAUAUACCAUUUUAUGAAUGUAUUAUAAUGUUAUAUUUUACAUGUUUUUUUUUAAGUCAUCAUGUUUUUCUACCUGUAAGGAUAAUACAUUCUGGCUGUGAAAGAUUGAAGUAUUACAGAAAGUGAAAAAUGCACAAUGUCCACCUACCAGAUACGUAAUCAUUUUUAAUAAUGUGGUGUAUAUUCUUCCAGGAAUUUUUUUUUCUUCCAGAAAUUUAAAAAAAUC